AUGGAGAUGAUCAUUCCAAAAUUUUUGCCAAAGCGACUUCCAGGGCUACAGCUUCUAUCGAACACUGUAUAUUCCCCACUGCAGUUGUUUCAGCUGUUUUUCAGUACGUCUGUGGUGAAGACUAUUGUAGAUAACACCAAUAAGUAUGCUGAGAUCAGAGCAGCUGCAAAUCCAUCCAACAAAUGGAUUCCUCUCAGUGUUAGAGAAUUCUACAAAUUUAUUGCAUUGGUAAUAUACAUGGGGAUUGUGAAACUAAAAUCUGUUGCAGACUACUGGUCUGGAAAGGAAUAUUACCGCCUUCAUUGCACCACAAAAGUGAUGACAGGCAAAAGAUUUUUGGCAAUCUCUAGUAACCUGCAUCUGUGUGACCCAAAAGAGGACAAAGAUAACACAAGGAGAAAGGGAACCCCAGCAUAUGACAAACUUUUCAAAUUGAAGCCACUGUAUACAGAGUUGCUGACAGCAUGCCGGACAUAUUUUCAGCCGGACAAGGACAUUUCGAUUGAAAGCAAGAAUCUUCUAAUCUGCAUCUCUAAAGCAAGAAUUGGCCUGAAACAAUACAUGAAGGGGUACCACCUCUACACUGACCAUUUUUACACAAGCCCCAUGCUCUAUUUGGAUCUCCUGAAGAAGGAGACUCUUGCUUGUGGUACCAUCCGUACCAACCGGAAGGGGUAUCCAAGAACAAAAAUCAAUGAUCUCACCAGGCAGGCAAAGAGAGGAACCAUCCGCUGGCACAGACGUGGACAACUUCUUUUUGUAAAGUGGAUGGACACAAGGGAGGUUGUGGUGUGCUCCACAAUGCACAAGGCAUAUGAUGGUGACACAGUGAUGAGGAGAGUAAAAAAUCAGGAGGGGCAAAUAUCAAAAACAAAUGCACAAGAGGCUCUACCUCAGAAACUCUUUAGAGAGAAACUGAUGUCGGAGCUUGUGGCCUUUUCAGAGGACACCACCCAGGAUGAGUCUGCUGCAGGACCCUCAGGUGAAACAAAACAAUGCCUGCCAGCAUUUUACAGCGAUGACAGUACAGCUGGCAGGCGAAAAUGUGCCAUGUGCAAAAGGUCUGGUGAAAUUGUGAAGACGCCAGUGUACUGCAAAAAGUGCAAUGUGCCAUUGUGCGUUGUGGCCAAAAGAAACUGUUUUUACAAAUGGCACAAUAUGGGGCACCACAAAAACCUGUAAAUAUUUGUACCAAAAAAUGUAAAUAGACAUUGUAAAUAGUU